GUAGCCGGGUGUCAGUUUCGGAAUUCCAGUUGGUUCUCCUUCGCGCGGUGGGACUCGAGCCUAGCUUCCCGCUAAAGCCUUUGCUUCUACUAGCUGGGAGUUGCUGCCGUCUGGGCACUCCCUCCUGGCUCUGCAUCGCUCCGCAUCUCCCGCAACCCGAAGCCCUUCGUGCAUUUCCUCUGUGCUUCUGCUCCGGGAGAGUUUCUGUUUGUUUCCUCCUCUUUCCUCUUUGUUGCUCUGAAAACCGUCCUUAGUGCAUCCCCACACUCCGGAGGGAGUUGGACUUUUCGAGAAAAGCGGCUGCUGCACACUGCACCGGCCACUCCUGCGGACCCGCUAGGCACUGCGCCCUACCCGCCUGCCCUCCCCUCCGCCUGCGUUCGUUCGCCCGAGAAGGCCCGCCCAGACUUCAUUGAUGCACCCAUUCCAGUGGUGUAACGGGUGUUUUUGUGGCCUGGGACUGGUUAGCACUAACAAGUCCUGCUCAAUGCCACCCAUCAGUUUCCAAGACCUUCCUCUCAACAUCUAUAUGGUCAUCUUCGGCACGGGCAUCUUUGUCUUCAUGCUCAGCCUCAUUUUCUGCUGCUAUUUUAUCAGCAAACUCCGGAACCAGGCACAGAGCGAACGAUAUGGCUAUAAGGAGGUGGUGCUUAAAGGUGAUGCCAAGAAGUUGCAGCUCUAUGGGCAGACCUGUGCAGUCUGUCUGGAAGACUUCAAGGGGAAGGACGAGUUGGGCGUGCUCCCAUGCCAACAUGCCUUUCACCGCAAGUGCCUAGUGAAAUGGCUGGAAGUGCGCUGUGUCUGCCCCAUGUGCAACAAGCCCAUCGCUGGGCCUGCAGAGGCCACUCAGAGCAUCGGGAUCCUACUGGAUGAGCUGGUGUGAGGGCUGCCUCUACACCAAGACCUGGAGAAGACUUCUUACCAUGUGGGCACCUGGUCUCUCUUGCACAGCUACAAUGAACAAGUCUUGGAUGAUGAUGGUCACGCUUACCUAAAAGGGAGAACGGCACGGGGCUGGUCUUCCCCCAGCAGGGUGAGACCAGUGCCAGCCUUGCUUCACCUCUCUGCCUCCUGAAGUCUCCUUCCCUAUUACUCAGUACUGAUGGCCUCAACCAGCCAGACCUCUAUAUCCUGGCACUGGACUAUCUAUUUACCUUGUCCAUGCUCUGGGAAGAAAUCCAUCUUUAUCUGGCUGUGAACAUGGAGCACCCUAUUUGAAGGUUCUCCAUGGAAGGCAAGCUUCCCUGACUUAGGAGCAAUGAGCUGACUCUUGUCACACCUCCAGUGUCUCAUCCCCGCUCCUCAUAGGAGGUUAGAAGGGAAGGAAGGAAAGAUCAAAGAACCAAGUACUUUCACUGGAGGUGAGGGAGGCUCUGCAUGAAACAGGGGAGAGCAGGGACCUAUAAAAGGAAUAAGUCAAUGUUUACAUGGAACCUAUUGAAAUAAAGGCUGGCUGGCUGGCUAGCUGACUACAGGGGACAGGGGCACUGAUCCCUUCCCCUGCUAGGAUCUGAGGUGCUAUCUAUCUGUUCUCUCCCUCUUCCUCAGUUAAUCUCAGAGCUUCCUAUUUCUUGUUGUGGUGUGAAAGCCUCUCUAGAGGAAGGGUUUGUCCUAUACACAGCCUGAUUCUCAGAGGUUUUUUCUAAAGGAACAAAAGGGGUCUGGGGACAGGGGCAUCUGGAGGUUACAGCAGCAAGAUACCUGCUUCCCCUUUGUAAAUAGUAUUUUUAUACUUCAUCCUCACCAUCUCAGGCUUUACAUAUGGGAUCCCCGCAAUUCAGGGGUGGGAAAGGCUUCUGUGCCUCCCUAGAGUGGGCUCGGGAGGGAAAAAGUUAUGUAUUUAAAGAAAAUUAAAUUUAAUAACAAGUUUCUCUAA